AUGGCGGUGCUGCUCAUAAGGAAGACGGCCUCGUUCACCCCUACCAGCGGCUCCUCUCAACGCUACCAUCUCUUCUGCUGCCUCCUCUCCUACCUGGUCGCCCAUCGUAAUGGCCAGCUGAAGCGGGGACUCUGCUCUGUGCCGCUGUACAGCAGCCUACAGAUCGCCCGCGACCUGUUCGACAUUUUUUCCAAGCCACUGAACCUUCGGAGCGACGACGAGCUGCGGAGCGCCGGGCAGAGGCUGACACCAGAAGCCGUGGAGAAUGUUCUGAAGGAUCUGAAGGGAUGGCGGAGGGCGCACGAAUUCUUCCUCUGGUCUUCGCGGCAGGAGAGGUACCGCCACAACUGCUACACGUACAAUGCGAUGGCCUCCAUCCUUUCGCGUGCCAGGCGGAUCGGCCCGCUGAGGUCUCUGGCGAAGGAGGUGGUGGAGAGGCGGUGCCCCAUGACUCCGGGGGCGUUGGGGUUCUUGAUCAGGUGCCUGGGAGAUCAAGGCCUAAUAGAGGAGGCGAACUACCUAGUCGACAACGCGGAAAAGAUGAGCUGCCUGCCUAAUUCAUACACAUAUAACUGUUUGCUUGAGAGCUUGGCGAGAUCGGGGAGGGUGGAUAUGGUGGAAUCCAGGCUUAAUGACAUGUUAGUCAUGGGAAUGCGUAUUGACAAGUACACCAUGACACCAGUCCUGAAAGCAUACUGCAACGCAGGAAAAUUUGAGCGUGCCUUGCUGAUGUUCGACGAAAUUCUUGAAAAAGGGUGGGGUGAUGAAUACGUGUUCACUAUUCUUUUGGUAUCAUUCUGCAAGUGGGGCGAGGUCGACAAGACUUGUGAACUACUGGAGAGAAUGGAGAGUAUGAAGAUGAAACUAAACGAGAGGACCUUCUGCAUAUUGAUACACGGGUUUUUGACGGAGGGAGAGGUGUACAAGGCGCUAGCCUUGUUUGGGAAGAUGAAGGAAUCUGGCUUUGGAGGGGAUCUGGCGAUUUACAGCGGGUUAAUUGGUAGGCUUUGUGAGGGGGGAGAACUUGGGAAAGCUUUAGAAUUUUACCUUGAGAUGAAGGGAAAUAGAAUCCUUCCAGAUGUCCAAUUGGUUUCGAAGAUGGUCUCUGCGUUCUGUGGUGGUGGGGAUUUUAUGACUGCUCAGCAGCUUCUUGAGGUGGAUGGAGAAGAUAUGGACUCCGACAGCCUGGUUCUUCUUUACAAUGCGGUACUAGAGGGGCUUGUUAACCAUGGAGACGUAGAAGGGGCUCACUCUCUGGUUCGAAUGAUGAUGGGGCCUCACGUCCCAGAACGUGAACAGAACAGCUCAACUGAGGCUGUUCAAACUGAUUCAAUCGUAGGUGCGCCAUUCAGCUUAGAGAAAAUGGUCCGACCUAAUGCUGAUUCUCUUGGUAUAGUGGUUUGUGGGCUGUGCAAGGUUGAGAAGCUGGACAUGGCCCUUCAGCUCAUAAACGAUAUGUCCACAGGUGGUUAUACUGGGACUCUUCUCAUGUAUAAUAAUCUGAUUAAUGAGCUUUGUAAUGUUAGUAAAUUGGAUGAGAGCUUAGAACUCCUAGGGAAAAUGCCAGACUUUGGUGUUGAGCCUACGCAAUUUACUCACAAUUCAAUAUUUGGCUGCCUCUGCAAGAGAGAGGAAGCACAAGCUGCUGCUGAUUUUCUAAAGGUAAUGAGGAAAUAUGGUCAUGUCCCAUGGAUAAAGCACUGUACCCUGCUGGUGCAGCAGCUCUGUAAGCAUGGAAGAGUAGAGGAAGCAUGCAAGUUUCUGGAUGACAUGGUUGAAGUGGGAUUUGUGCCUGAUAUGAUUACAUACUCUGCAGCUAUUCAUGGGCUCUGUAGUAUUGGGAAUAUGGACAGAGCACUAGAAAUUUUCCGCAAAGUGUCUAUAGAGUGGUAUCUUCCUGAUGUGGUUGCCCAUAAUAUCAUAAUCAAUGGAUUCUGUAAUGCUGGCAGACUGGUAGAGGCCCAAGAAAUUCUGAAAGAGAUGCUAGAAAAGGGAUUGGUGCCUUCUGUUGUCACCUACAACUUGAUGAUGAAUGCGUGGUGCAAGGAGGACAACAUUGAUGCUGCGCUGCUGUGUUUCUCUGAUGUUGUCGAUGAUGCAUCGAGGUCGCCCACAGUGGUCACCUUUACGAUUUUAAUUAAUGGCCUUCUCAGUGCUAGAAGACCUGAUGAUGCUCUUGCAUAUUGGAUGAAGAUGAAGGAGAAAGGAUGCACUCCAAAUAAAAUAUCAUACAGCGCACUCAUUCAUGGACUCUGCAAAUGUGGGAUUGAAGAUACUGCUUUGGCAUAUUUCAACGAGAUGUGUGAGAAGGAAAUCGAGCCUGACAUCUCUGUUUACAUUGUGUUGCUCAAUGGUUUGGCUUCAAAUGGAAACACAGUUGAGGCUCUUACAGUUUUGAAUAAGAUGGUCCAAAAGUUUGAGUUUUCUAGUCCCGUGGGUAAGAACUAUGAACUUCUGAGAGACGCACUGCAGAUAUUGUACAGAGAUAGACACACAUCUUCCGACUUAGCCAGAGUAAUUGAUGAGGGUAGAAUACCCGUGUUCCAGAGUUUAGAUAUUAUAGUGGGGAGUGUGAAGGAUUCAUGA